CUCCAUAAUUGUCUUUCAUUCUCUAAUUUACUCUUCUUGCAUUCUUUCAUUAACUUGUCACUUGUCAUUCCUUGAUUUUCUUUUCUCCCUCGUUUUCUCCAUACUUGAUACCUACACAUCAAAGCACAGUUCUAGACCCGCCAGGCAUCAUAUCAUAUCCGCCCAACCCACGCCUCGUCUCGCCUCGCCCCAGCUCCCCAUUGCGGUCAACCCCGAUGCGUUGUCAAUACUAGACAACCUAACCUAAACCAAGUUGAAUGAGGUUAAGGCGGAGUCAUUGUUUCAGCCUGAUGAUAUAAUGCGAUCUUUAUCUCAGCAUACCCCGGAAGAUUCUUGAUACAUACCUACCUACCUACUACACCUUAGUAUCUUUCACCACUCUAUAUACAUCACCAACCCAAUUGCCUACUAUAUACCAAACACAUUUUACUACUACACACCACCACCCCAAGAAAAAGAAAACCACAAUGGCAAUGCGAAUCUACCACCGCCGUCCCCGCCGGUAUCACUGGCCGGAACUCCAACUCAACAUCUGGAUCCUAGUGGUUCUCUCAUCCUCCGCAAUCUGCCUGGGCAUAUUUGCCUGGUUCAUGACAGUCCAAAACGAUCUGGGUUUAGAAGUUCCCUGGUUAUUUCCCUACAUGAUAACAACCGGCGCGCUGGGCAUCUUCUUCGUAAUAUUCAUCCUGAUCCUGGCGGCGCAGCGCUUCCUCCUUCCGGGGAUCAUCAUAGUAGGGGGGUUUAUUCUCUUCGUGCUGUGGUUGACGGGGCUGGUGGAGACAUCGCUCCAGCUGUAUGGGGUUGUCGCGAACGUGAAUGAUAAUUGUCGGAAUUAUAUUGAUAAUGUUAAGCCUGUGGCGGAUGGGUGGAAGACGUUGGCGUGGAUUGAGGAGGAGACGAUUUGCAAUUGUUGGAGAACGGCGUUUGCGUUUGAAUUGGUGAAUACGAUUUUUUAUGUCUGGAUGAUUAUUAUGUCGUGGCAGGUUAAUCGGGAUCUUUAUCGAUAACCUUUCCUUCUUUCUUGAAGUGGGAGAGAGGGGAAAGAGGGGGAGGAGUUAGGGUUCAGUUCAUGUAUUAUGAGAUAUGAUUGUAUGAUUUCAAUGGA